CUCGCAACGAAACCUUUCCAUCCCGCACGUAUCGUACAGUGCGGUGCAGUGUUUAGCGUAGAUGCGCGUGUGUGUGUGGGUGUUUGUUUGUGUGCACGCGCGUGUGCAAGAGCCAGUGUGUGUAUGUGUGUGUGUGCGUGCGUGUGCACGGAGAAGGAGCUUGAUUCAGAAUAAUCACGCCACUGCGGACGGAAGUAGCCCGUGUGUGUGUCUUUCGGUGGUGUUGUUUUGCUCCGAAGCGGGCGGGCGAAAUGGAGACGAGCGCCUGAAGUAUGUGAAAAUUGCAGCCCUGCCCACCCACCGCCUUCCUCAAAGGUUAAGGCGCCACCGCCCCCUUCCCCGUGUUCAGUGAGCAUUCUCGGCCGUGUGGUCUUGUGUGUGUGGUGGGCCCCGGUGAAGGACCAAGGAGUGUGUGUGUGUGAGCGUGUAUGUGUGCAUGGGGAUGUGUAUGUGUGUAUGCUAGGUACACAUAGGAGAGGUAAUGCAGAGUUUACGGCCACUGCUGUGGCAGCCCCUGCUUCGUGUUCGUGUGCUUGUAUCAGCGCUGCAGCCGGAGCCGGAACGCAGCAGGCCACACAGGAAGGCAGUAGGCCACACGACGCGAACGAGUGACAGAGACAUCCACACAAACAGUGCUCCCCACCCUCCCGUGCGCGCGCGCUCCCCUGCUCUUGCCACCCUCCCCCUCCGCCGCUGGCCACCUUCUCGGUGGGAUAGACGUGCGCGAACCGAGCAGCGCGCCCGCGAUACGAGCGGAGCGGAGCGAGGUGCGAGAGCGAGAUAGACACAGCGCGACGGCGACCGGAGCCACCACACAGCGCGCAGUGUCGUAUCUUCUUCAGUUACCCACCAUCUUGGAUUUUGGGCUUGCCAGUGUUUAGAAGGGGCCGACCGAGCUCUGGGUGCUGCUGCAGCGGGCCGAGCGCGUGACACCUUCCUCGAACCAAAAAAAAGCAAAACAAAAACAAAAAAAAAACAAAAGAAAAGAAAAACACACACACUCGACCCUACCCCCUUCCCUACACGAUUCUGAUCCCCUCUCCCCCCCCCACCCUUCCCCUGCUCCUUCCUGAUCACCUAGCUGCCGACACCGUUGCACGUUCAUAAUAUGGCUGUGUUUCUAAUUAAUAUAUGCAAGUUCAACGGUUGUGAGCGGAUUUUUCCCAGCUUGCGCGAUUUAAUACACCACAUCGAGAACACCCAUAUAGAUGACUCACAGGCGCCGGAUGUGACGGAAAAGACGCAGCCCACCUGUCUGCCGCUCAGCUACGUGCUGCGCUUCGUCACCGACGAGAGCCGCCGGGAUGGCGGCGGUGUGGCGUCGCCGAUGGCCGCGGCCGCUGUCGCCACCUCGACCAACAGCCCGGACAAGGCGAAACCGGCCGCCGUUGCCGGGGGCAAUGGGCUGCGGCUGUCCGGUUCGGGCCAACAGCCGCCGCCACCACCGUCCUCGAUCAACCAAAGUGCGGCGUCGGAUCAUCACGGCACCGCAGGCACAAACGCUGGCGCCGCCGCCAACCUGCACGGCUUGGCGGCGACAAACCAUCCCGGUGCCGUUGGCACGAAUGGCACGAAUGGCAACAGCGCACCGGCCAAUGGUGGGGGCGGUGCCACGGCGAACGGUAUCGCCGACCAGCAGCAGCAGAACGGGCUCGGUGGCGCCGUUGCAGCCGGGGCCGGCGGGCUAGAGCCGGGCAAGCCGGCCCACCUCAACCAGCAAACGGUUGGCACAACCGAUCUCAAGCGCAAGAUUGCCAUCAAACAUCACAGCUACAGCAUAUCGGCGGCGAACCGUAGCAUAACGCCAACAGGAAGCGAAAUGGAUGACGACGAGAUGAUGGUGUCCGAGUCGGAGGACAGCAACGACUCGUGGACGACGGAGGAGUUCAGCUCCGAGUUUAUCAUGCGCUAUGGCAGCCGGCGCCAUUCGGCAUCCGGCGGCGGCAGCGGCAUCAACUCGACGAACGAGAAACCGUUCGCCUGCCCGGUGCCGGGCUGCAAGAAGCGCUACAAAAACGUGAACGGCAUCAAGUACCAUUCGAAGAACGGGCACAAAAAGGACGGAAACCGGGUGCGCAAAGCGUUCAAAUGCUACUGCGGCAAGAGCUACAAGACGGCCCAGCGGCUGAAGAACCACAACGUGGUGGUGCACGCGGCCGGCGGCCAGAACGGUGGCUCCCCGAUCGAUGGGCCGAGCGCGCCGGUCACCACCGUGCCGCUCGCUUCGCCGGCCGGCGGCGGCGGCGGUGGCCUUUCCUCGCCGGCCGCGCUGAUCUCACCGCCGAUCAAAUCUCCCUCGCUGACGAACGGCGGCCAGAGCGCGGCCGGCCCGAACGCCACCCUCCCCAGCAGCGGUAGCAGUAUUGUGGCAGCGGCCGCCGCUGCCAUCGCAUCUAGUCAAAUCGGUACAAAUGCAACCACCACCAACACCAGCGCGACGUGCACCACUAGUCCAUCCACGCUUACGAUCACGCAGGUGACCACCCACAAGGUGCCGCGGGCGCUCGUGCUGGCCGCGAACGGCACCGGUACGGGGAGCGCCGGCACCACCGGCACCACCGUCACGGUCGGCAACAGUCCCAACGCGCUGCCAGUGGUAAGCGGUGCGUCUCCGCCGGCGGUCGGGUUUCCCGUGUCGCCCACCACCAUCACGUCGGCGGGCGUAUCGCCGGUAAGCAUUAAGUACGACAAUCUCGGCAUCUUGACACCGGCCACCUCGCCGAAGCUGAUCGCGGCCAGCCUCUGCGGCCAGGAGGGUGGCGGCAACCAGCCGCAACCGGCGCCGCCGCCCCCACCACAGACGGUGGUUACGACGGCAACGAUGCCGGCCGGCAGCAACAACACCGCCACCGUGCUCGGUGGCAUCUCGCUGAAGGGCAGCGGUACCGGCGCGACCGUCAACGGCGAACUGGUCGGCAAUGGGAACGUUGGCACGAUCGCACUAGUCGUGUCGGCCUCGUCCGCGGCAGUCGCCAAUGGCAGCGAGGCCAAGCUGCUGACCGGUGGCGGUGGCGGAACCGGCCCCACCAUCAAAAGCGCAGUCCUCUCGGCGUCGGUCACGGCCGGCCAGCUGUUCGCCGAAGAGACGUAGCCGAUACUUAAGAAUUUACUGUUGCGCAAGUAUUGACUGGCUAGAGAAAGGGUACCUGUUCGACUAGUUUUUAACCACCGUUUCGUUUCUGCGGGCGGAAGGCGGCAACCAUAACGCACCACGCCGCUUUCCCCCCCACUGCGCAGCUUGCAGUCUUGCUCUGGUCCUUUUUCCUCCCUAAAAAAAUCCCGCACUUCGUCAUUGUGUUAUCUUCAAAGCAGUCAGACGAUAAGACGACUGGGCGCCCCAAAGGGCAAACCACAUAGACACACACGCGCGCACACACACACACACUUGAAUAUCCACACGAUUUCAAAUGAAAAGAAAAAAAAACAUAGAAAGCAAGCUGAAGGGUAAUCGAAAACAAAAAAAAAACGUUAGCAUAAAUUAUCAAUAAUUGUAUACAACACACAUGGAGGAGCGGUUAAGUUUGUUUUGCAGCGUGAGUUAGCAUAAUAUUAUUUAAUUUUAUGUUUGCUAUGUUCCUUCCCCUCGCGCGAUUGCGAUUCAACAAAGGCUUUUAAACAAAUUUAAUCCUAAAGCUGGAUCCCGACCCCGUGAGGGGAAGGGCAACAAAAAAAGGCUGACCAGCAGCAGCAUAAAUUUCCCUCAAGCAAAAGGAAAUAAGAAAGGUACUGCUAGAGCAGGGUUUUGCUGGGAGGAAAGUAAGCAUGUACUGAAAUCAAUCAAACCAAUUUUAGUUAUCAGUGGCUUAGUCAGUUGUGUGUGGAUGUAUGUGGAUGUGUAUAUAUAUGUGUGUGUGGUUUUUGAUCCCAUUUUAAAUCAUUUUAGUCAUGAAUUAGCAUUGCUUGUAGCUUGCUGACCUGUGAGCGUGCGGAAUCGUGUCCGUCUUGGUAGGGAGCGCGCGCCAAUACCACCAAACCGAAUACCAAUUUCUUCAAAGCGUGAGGGAAGGGUAGCUGGCCUUUUAGUAGGCUUUAGCGAAAACGGAGUCAACACAUCAUCAGUUGGGGGCCGUACGUUUGUUGAAAACAAAACUUCGCUUUUUGUUUAUAUUUUCAUUUCACUAACUUUAAAACACUAUUUAUCUUAACAAAGGAUAAUAUUUAUUAAUUGUACAACCUUGCUUGUCUUGCGUUAUGUUGGGGGUCCCCUUUUGCCCCCCCCCCCCUUUUCCCUCCCAUCCCGGCUGCUUCUCGCUACUCCUCUUUUGGAGUUGUGGAGUGGGAGUUUUUUUCUUCUUUAUAUUUUGAUUUAAGCCUAAACACGUAACAUGCACUGUGCAAUAACGAUAAUCUGUGACAUGCCCCCCCCCCCCUCCCCCAAUCGGUUUCUAACAUUUAUUUCUUUUUUAUGUUUAUUUUUCUUCUUUUAAAUUUACUACCCGCACCGUUUCCUUAUACACGAUUGUGCUGCUUUACUUCCUUUACUACACGUAUGCUUUAGCGUAUGAAGUUUAUUUACGCGAUUAUAUUGUUGAUAAUUGGACGACACUAGCGAGAUAAUAGUGAAGGAAAGAAAGAGAGUUAGAGAGAGCCGGAGAGAGCCGGAGAGAGCGAGAGAAGGGUGUGAAGUGUGUAGUAGCGCUACUAGUAUCGGCAUUCGACCGCACUGAAGAUGAGAGUUGUCGAUAAGAGGAUGGGGCAGUCACGUUCGCUGAAAGGGAAGCUAUUAAAUUAAAUUAAAUCAAUUUACCCGCCCCGAUCCACAUUACGCGCACGGGAAGGUUCCACCCCACUGCGGUGGGGUGCUUUGACGGUGUUUUACAACCCCUCCAUCCGUCGCACAGUAAUGUGUGUGUGUGUUUGUGUUGUAGUAGUAGGAGUAGUAGUAGUAGUAGUAGUAAAAGAAUGUGAAGAUGAAGAGGGAGAAGAGUGAAGGCCAAUAUGAAAACGGAUAGGGCGGGAAGGGGAGCAUAUGUACGCGCUGAACGAGGAUCUCAGAAUGAUUUGUUUUAAAUCUUUUGAACGUAUGUCACUUUCCAAAAACAACCAAAACUCAUCUUAUCGAUAGUGUAAUGAUAGGGCAAAGGAGAGCUAAAGCGUAAGAAAGAGCGAGAGACGAGCAAGUCGUCGGCAAGUGAGUCGUCCCGGAAAAAAGAAGAAAACAAGUAUAAACAUUAUCAUAAUACGCAACAGUACGCUCUAAUUAGUUGGAAAGCAAACCACAGCAGCUGCAAAAUAAUUCAACGCAAGGAUCACGCGCCUCAUUCAACUGCAUCCAAACGCAUGCACACCUAUAUUGUUCCUGUUAUCAUUAAUAAUUAGUAAGCAGGUUCAACACGCACAUACACACACGCAUACACAAUUUAUACACACAUACACAUAUACAUGAGACUAUUGACUAGUGGCUUACAUUUGCUGUGAUUUCUUUUUCCUUCCCAUUGUUUUUUAGUCUAUUUUUUUUUUUUUUGUUAUGUUUUUGUUCAUUCAUCUCAUCCAAACAUCAUCAUCGUUCCUUUUUGCGUUCAAUAUACAAACGUAGGGUUUAGUUUUUUUUUUUUAAAUUAGUUUACAUUGCAUUUCCCAUUCACCGUAUUUUCUUUUUUCGUUUUUUGUUCCUGGUUUUAUUUAACCUCUUUUCUGCCUGGGUUUUUAGAUUGCGAGCGUUUACAACAAUGGCAACUAACAUUUCAACUGUAGUCUUGUAACAACAUACAAAGAACCUAUAUCCCGUUUUUUCUUCUUUUCGUUUCCAACACACACAUACACAAAGACACAAAUACACACACACACAUACAAGAGAAAAUGAAAUGAAAUGAAAUGAAGAAGAAAAAAAUCAAAGCCAUAAUUAAUCGUAAACAAAAUCCCCCAUUUAACGUUAAUAGUGAGUGUUGGUGGAAGCCGAGAUGCGGAAAACUGAUGAUUGUGUAAUAAUGGGCGCGCGUUUAGUAGGCUUCUAGAGGCGUACGGUAUUUUGGUUUUGUUAAAUUUUUUGUUGAUGUUUUUUUUUGUUUUACUAUCCAGCGAACCGGGAAACAUUAUUAGUUUGUAGGUAAAUUAUAUGAAGGUCCCCUCCCAUCUCCAUUCGCCACUCUUCCCUCUGUUCCUUGUACCCUGCCGUAAUGUAGAAUUAAAUCUUUAAAAAAAAAAACAAAAAAAGGAAGAAAAAAAACUCCACCGUGUGAGGCUAGUGCAUCGGAUUAAGGACACGCGCAUCGUGCGUGUGUGUGUGUGUAGUAAUAGAAAACACCACACAUCGGCAUAUACACACAUACACAGAUACAUACACACAAACACCGUUCGUUAGAUUGUGAAAAUAGUAUGCUAAGUAUACUAAAAGGGCGUUUGCACGAGUUGCUUUUAACAACACCCAUACUAACAGAUAUGCAUUGCGCGCAAGGUGUGGUACUCCUUUUCCUGUUUUCUUCUUUUUUUUUAUGUGCGGCGAUGGCGAUAGAAAAAAAAGUCAACGGAGAAUUAGGAAAAACGUGAUCCUGUCGUAGAGAAGCAGAAAAAAAACCAAAACCACAAUCAGUAUACAAUGCAGAGUUCCGAAACGGUUAAGCGCUUAUUUGAAGAAAAAAAGCACACAUACAGCGUUGUUCAAUUUUAUGUGCAGCUGAUAGGAAAAGCUCACUUUACAGCUCCCUGUCCAUUCUACCCCCGCCACCGCACAGACGCUUCUAUUACGUUUUGUGAUAACCACACACAAGCAGCUCUAAUAACUAUGCUGGGUAUUAAUCAAACUAAAGUGAGGAUACAAUGAAACAAAAUUUCGAAAACGAUCAACCCACAUGUGCAACGUGACAUGCGCUGCCCCAUACCCCCAUAGCCAUUGUGAAACCAACCAAUAGAUGAAAGGGAUUGUGAAUUAAAAUCGUACGUGCGCGUAAUAUUUCGGGUUUAAAGGGCGACAAAUUCCAAUUCGAUUUCUGCUGUCUUUAUUAGGUGUGCGCGAAGUUCGCUUGUGUGUCCCCGAGCUGAACACAUAAAAACUAAAACCAGUCACUAGCGUGUGUUGUGAGCACAUUACUUAGAUAUAUUUAAAGUGAAGAAAAGCGAAGAGAGGAAGAAGAAAAAACAUACAACACAUACAAUAAAUCAAAGAGGGGUGGAAACAAACUCCCCGAAGGGGAUCGGUAGAGCGGAGGAAUAAUGCAGAUUGUGUGCAGUGUGCAAUAAACGACGGGGCUCAACAAUACAAACAACAAACAAAAACACACAAACACACAACUACAUUUAACUAAGUAAGAGCAUAAUCACACUCAUACCACUUAUUUGUCUAUAGCUAGUCAAAAUUUUUAAGUAUAAUAUUUAUGUUUUUUAAUUAAUAUUAUUAUAAUUAUUAUUAUUAUAUCUAGGUAAAGAUGAAGCAGAAACACAACAGCAAGAAGAAGAAGAAGAAGAAGAAGAAGAAGAAGAAGAGGGGAAAACACGUGGAAUUUAGGGCGCAUUUAUCUUUGUCGAUAGCAAAAAACGAUACUUGUGCACACGAAAAUGUCCGCGCGCGCGCUCAGCCUGUUGUAAAAUCUAUAUGAUUAGUCAAAUAAAAACACUUUGAAAAUGUGAA